AUGCGUGUUUUUAAACACAUUGAAAGACGAAGCCAAGGCGAAGAACUACUGGAUGUGUAUAGAAAAGUUCGUGCUGACAGAACACUGCCUGAUUUUACCGGAAACGUGAAUUUUAUGGUGAACCGGGAGAAAUACGAAGCAGUUAUGGCGCAUGCCAUUUUAGAAAAUGCAAAAGAAAACUACAAUCUGGUGCUUCGACCGUGGCAGUCAAAUGUUGUUCAAAUUGCUGGACAACAGUGUAACCGCAAAGUCCUAUGGGUGUGGGAUUACGACGGUAACUCAGGAAAAACCGAACUGGCCCGGUUUUUCAUGAUGAAAAUGAGAUACCAACUUUUAACGCCAGGCCGCAAUCAUGAUCUCUGUGGCCUUAUCAACCCUUUUGCAAAAGGAUACGUGUUUGAUUGCGCACGGAACUCUUUCAGUUCGAGUGGCAUCAAAAGAGUUAAUGCAAUAUACGAGAUUCUGGAGGAUUUAAAAAACAAUUUUCUCGUUAGCGGAAAAUACAAAAGGUGUGAGAAAGUGACCCUCAACAACACAGUCAUCGUUUUCGCCAACCAGCUACCUAAUUUGGAUCGACUCAGCCUUGAUCGAUGGUUUUUUUUUCACACAAAACUUGGACCGGUUGGUGUGAACUGCAUUGGUCACGCGGAUGAUUAUUACGCAUGCACGAUAGAUAAAGAAAACGAAAUAUCUUCUAUUAAAACAUGCCAUCAAAAUCCACUUCCGAAAAAGGAUAGCGAUGCGUAUCAAGAAUACCUAGAUAAUUACAAUGUCCCCAGAAAUUUAAGAUUGAUUGCUGUAAAUCGCUUAGCCUUCCCAAAUGCAACAAGUCAUUCGGGAAUGAUUUUGCGACUAUUUCGUCAACAAAGAUUUGAAGAGCUGCUUCAAUUUCUUGAUGAAAAUAGUUGUCUCCAAAACAGCAUUACAACAGUUGAGAAGCUCCGAAUUGACUAG